AUGCAGGCGCGGCGUCUAGCCAAGCGCUCCAGCCUGGGCAGCCGCCGGGGCAGCGCCGCGCUGCAGCCGCCCGGCACCGCGCCCGCGCCCGCCCGGGAAGGCGCGCUGCCUGGGCUCCCGCCGCCCGCCCCGGCCCCGGCCCCGGAGAGCUGGAGGCCGCCGCUGCCGCCGCCGCGCAACGCCGGGACCGACCCCCCUCGCGCCGGGGCCGCCGCCGCCGCCGCCGCCUCGUCUCCGGUGCUGCUGCUUCUGGGGGAGGAAGACGAGGACGAAGAGGGCGGGAGCCGGCGGCGGAGGGGGCUCGGGCGGGCGCCGGCGAAGCCCCGAGGGGGCGCGGAGGAGGAGGAUGACGACGACGAGGACGAGGACGAGGAGGUGGUCGUCGAGGUGGUGGACGGCGACGACGACGACGAGGACGGCGACGAGCGCUUCGUGGCCCUCGGCCCCGGCCGCGCGCUCCCCAAGGGCCCGGCCCGGGGCGCCUUGAAGGUGGGGAGCAUUAAGCGGGAAAUGACCUUCACGUUUCAAACAGAGGACUUAAAACGUGACUCUAGUAAAAAAAUGUCCCAUCAACAUUUGUUUCCCUUGGCCAUGGAGGAAGAUGCGAAAACAGCAGACACCAAAAAAGCCAACCGAGCACUUGACCAUGAAAAAGAAAACACUCGCUCCAUCUGUCUCCUUGAGCAAAAACGAAAAGUUGUUUCUUCCAAUAUUGAUGUUCCUCCAGCAAGGAAAUCUUCGGAGGAGCUGGACAUGGAUAAGGUGACAGCAGCCAUGGUCCUAACGAGCUUGUCCACCAGCCCUUUGGUUCGGAGCCCUCCUGUGCGGCAGAACGAGGGCCUGAGCGGAUCCUGGAAGGAGGCGGGCGGCGUGCCUUCCAGCACCAGCAGCAGCGGCUACUGGAGCUGGAGCGCCCCCAGCGACCAGUCCAACCCGUCCACGCCCUCGCCGCCGCUGUCCGCCGACAGCUUCAAGCCCUUCCGCAGCCCAGCGCCCCCCGACGACGGCAUCGACGAGGCGGAGGCCGGCAACCUGCUCUUUGAUGAGCCCAUCCCCAGGAAACGAAAGAACUCCAUGAAGGUGAUGUUCAAAUGCCUCUGGAAGAACUGUGGGAAGGUUCUGAGCACUGCAGUGGGUAUCCAGAAGCACAUCCGGACCAUUCAUCUCGGGCGUGUUGGGGAGUCUGACUACAGUGAUGGAGAAGAAGACUUUUACUACACUGAGAUCAAGCUCAACACGGACUCCGUGGCAGACGGUCUGAGCAGUCUGGCCCCAGUUUCGCCUUCCCAAUCCCUGGCUUCGCCUCCUACUUUUCCCAUCCCAGAUUCCAGCCGAACAGAAACUCCUUGUGCCAAAACUGAGACAAAACUGAUGACGCCCUUGAGCCGCUCUGCUCCCACCACCCUCUACCUCGUGCAUACUGACCACGCUUACCAGGCCACGCCCCCUGUGACCAUUCCAGGAGCAGCCAAGUUCACCCCCAAUGGCAGCAGCUUCAGCAUUUCUUGGCAGUCUCCUCCAGUUACCUUCACAGGCAUUCCAGUGUCACCAACCCACAGUCACCCGGUGGGCACAGGAGAGCAGAGACCGCACACUCACACCGUCCUGUCCUCCCCCCCAAGAGGGACGGUCAGCCUAAGGAAGCCCAGGGGAGAGGGCAAGAAGUGCCGGAAGGUGUACGGCAUGGAGAACCGGGAUAUGUGGUGCACAGCCUGCCGCUGGAAGAAAGCCUGCCAGCGUUUCAUUGACUGAGGCGUGGGCCCCUAGCCCGCCCCAGACACUCCUGCCCUCGUGUUCUUCCGAGGGUGUUGAAAAGUGCUUUUCCUUCCGUACCAAACCGACUUGAAGCCCAGGGAAAGCACUUCUAGGAAUCUUGGUGAAAUCACAGCAAAAAGCAAAAAAGGUCACCACCUUCCCUGUUCUUGCUGAGAACCCAGCUGAGAGCAGCUGUAACUAUUCUUUUCUUUAAAAAGAAAAGUCAACUUUUUUUUUUGCUGUAGGUCUAGGUCUGAAAACUGUGGACUUCUGUAGCAAUUGAACCAACCAAGCCCAUUUUUCCUAGAAAGGAGGCCUAUUUUGAUAAACUUUCUCAAUAAUACCAUUUCUGAGAUCUUUUUUUUUUUUUUUUUUUUUUUGACACUUAAGAAGCUACAAGUUACUCAGUAGCAUUUGUAUAAAGAACAAUAGCUGUUUUCAUUGUGAAGUCUUUUCCCUGUUCUCAAUCGGACUUCUGGGAGCAGUUCACAUCAUGAGGUGUUGCCAGGAAGUGGCAGCACUCUGGGUAUCUUUUCUAUGUCUUUUUUGUUUGUUUUGUUUUGUUUUGAAGAAUGGCCCCAAAUUGAACCAUGGUAGAGCUGUUAGCUUGAAGGGCCCUGGAGGGCAUAAGCCCGAAAAGAGAUUGAUAGUGGACAUCACCAGCAGAUUUCAGCCCCAGCUGAGUUCAGGACAUCCCUCGUCACUGUUGGAAAACGUCUGGGAGUCUCCCUCAGAAGCCCCACCCUGAGAGAUGGCCCCACCUACUUUCUCCUGGCUACAGUGCACUCAAGACCUGAUGUGUCGCCAUCUGGGUAAGCCUCGAAGCUUCCUUCAGUGAUGCGAUGCCAACCCCAGCUCAGAUCUGUUCAUCACUGCUCAUCUGACAGUUGCUGCCGGGUCAGUGGCUCACCAGGCCUGCCUUCCCUCAAAACGCCACAGCAGACUGGUUUCAGAAAAGGUAGAGAACUCAGACCAUCCCAGUAGGUUGCUUCAGACCAUGCAGAGCACAGCCUCCAUGCGUUCAGAAAGUCAUGUGAGGUCAACAUCCAUCCCGAGUGCACUUUUAUAGGUUUUAGGCUUUAGUGCACCUGGGAGAUGGGUUCAUGAACACUAUAAAGAUUAUAUGGGGUAAGGGAAGGUCCAAACCUUUAUUUUUCUUAUCAGAUUAUUGGAGCUAUUCAUUAAGAAUUCGCUCAGAAGGGAAUGUACGAAACACCAAAAGGAAAUUGCGUGUUGGUAUAGGAAUCUCUCAAUUCAAUAGGACCAGGGCUUGCACUGUGUUCCAUUUAUUAGACUUUCUAGCCUGGUGUGUGUUUGUUCGUCCGUCUUGCUAGGAGUGGUGCCAGGACAGGGGUAGUUCUCAAGCCCUAUAAAUAAGCUCAUUCUCUGUCUACCCUCCUCUUGAUCGCCCUGCUUGAGUUAUUCGUCCUGUACCUAUGCAAAGACGCAAGAGCACCUUAUAGGAUGCACCGUGUGGGACGGGGGCCUAGGAUCAGCCAUAGGAAUGUUGAAUGAAAUUGCACAGAGCAAAGUUUAAUAUAUUUAGAGGUUGUACAUACACUUUUUUUUAAAGAGUAGAAAGAAGUCAUCUAGUCAUAACAGAUAUCCUUGGUUUUUUUUAAUACACAAGGGGAAAAAGGAGGUUCUACAGUGUAAUAAUCUGUGCGUUCAUAUAUUUUGGCGAUUUUAUUUUUUAAACUCUCAUAUGACAUUUGAAGAAUUAUUCCUUGAAAGAGAUCCUGUUUUCCUCCUUCAUUUUUCUUUAAAAACAUUUAAGAGAGCAGAGAAAGAGCUUCUCUUUUAAUAUCACAUUGUGAUUACCAAUCAGUACAGUACCAGCUAUAGUGUAUGACAAGGUCAGCCGGGAAAGGGUUUUUUAAGAACAGAAACGUAUUUGCACCCUCUAUCCCAGCCUGUCUUUUCUUCUCCCUGGUAUCCUGCUGCUUCACCCACUGGCAUCUCAGCUAGAAGGGGACGCUCUGGCCUGAACCAGGAAGCCCUGCGCUGUGACUGGACUGCCCAGCGGCCACAGUGCCCACUGGUGAGUCCCAGACUGGUCAGCCAUGAGCAGGCUCACUGUGGACUUCAGUGCUAUUGGGUGUAACCCUGGAGGAGAGGGUUUUCUCUCCAGCAAAGUUCCAUGGCCCUUGCUCCUUGGAUUAAAUCACUAAUCAAAAGAGAUUAAAAUGGCAAGGGGUUAAAGCUAUCCUCCCACUCCCAGAACUUUGGGAGAGAUGGUGGCUAUGGACAGUCCUGGUGUGCGGCUCUGUGAUUCUGCCCCCAGAGGGACAGUCCAUGACUAGUUCUGGGCUCUGGCCUGGCUGAGCCAAGCUCAGUCCUUACCUGAUUAUUAGCUGAUGCACGGGUAUAAGCAGAAGUGUAGACCUGAAUGCAGCUUCCCUGGGAUUUCUUCUCCUUUCUGAAACCUUCUUCUCACACACUGUCCACAUCUCUGACCCAUGCGGGUCUCCUUUCUUCAGGCCAGCCCGGGACUCUGCGUGUCCUCUGCUCCAACUCCAAGGUGAGCACAGACCCUCAGUACUUCCUGCACACAGACACCUAUUCUCUGCACCAAGGCACGUUAUGACUGGGGGACCACCAGGCUUCACCUGGCUGACCUUCAAGAAAAGGGAUAAAAUUUCUUUCAAGCCACCCAGAGAGCUACAAAUUGUAAUAUACAACACUGAUUGUAAAUGCUAAAAUUAAAAAAAAAAAAAGAGAGAGAGAUUUUGUUAUAUUUUGGAACUAAAUGAUGUGCCAAAUUAAGCCCAGGAUUUAUUUUAUGCCUUCUUUGUGGUACCAUGUUCUUUUGUGUCUUCAUUUGUCAGGGGGAGGAGGGAGAUGAGUGAGAAGGAAGUCCCAGGGCACGGAGCUGCUUAAUGGCAGCCCCGCCUACCGUGGGCAGCUCAGAGAAUGUGCAAAAGGAACGGCAAAGGCAAUGCGUUCUGGUCCCAGAGUCUUUCUAAAGAAGGCAUGUGGUAGCCUUUGACUUUUCUCUCCCCGAUUCCCCUUCCUGCAGAAAAGAUUUCUCAUCUCUCUCCAAAGAAAGCACUCCCUGGUGAUGGACAGGCUUCUCCAGAUAGCUGCACAACAGACAGCAGUCAUUUUAAGCCUUAGUCCUUCCCAGAGGAUGUGCAACCAAUGAGUGGGAGGCAGUGUGACCACCUGGAGGAAACAUCCGGUAGCAAGUGGGUGGGAAGCCAGAGAGGGGAUACAGGAGGACUCUGGACCCCUGACUGGGGUUCACCAUCCUAGUGCGGAUCAGCUGGUGGUGACUGUCCCUGGGCAUCUCCGAGGGAGCUGCCAUGUUCCCAUCCGAGGAGCCAGUGCUUAAAGCCAAGAGACAGCUCCUUCAUGGGAAGUGCACGGGCAGGGAUGCUGCAUGCCCCACGCACAUCCCCGGUGGGCAUGUGCUACUCUCCUCCUCGCUUGCUAAGAAGUUCCCUCCAUUGUUUGGCGAAAGUCAGUGUCAGGAAGAGGGCAGUGGGUUUCUGAGCAGGAAUGUGCGUGCCUGUCAUAAACUCCGUGCACCAACAAGGCAGGUGCCCUUUAUGAGAGGAGUCUUUGUCCAGUCAUAACCUUGUUGCAGAUGAAAACUUUUCAAUAGAGAAAGAUGCACGUUACAGUUCUUGGACUUUCCAACAAAGAUUUAAAAAAAAAAAAAAAAGUUACAUGUAUGUUGUAAAAAGGGUCUGAAAUUAACAUGCUCUCUGUCAGAUUUCAAGAUCACUUGAAGUCUACUGUCACUGAUGUCACACUAAGCCACACUCAAAAGCAGUUCUGAAUUGGCCAGCACUGCUCAACCCAUGUCCGCCUCCAUCUGACUUCAUUGGAAAAGGAAAACGCAGCACUCACUUGGGAAAGUUUAGGGAAAAGUGGCACGAACUGUACAUAUGGGAGAGAAUACCUUGAGAAUAGUAGCAAAAUACUGCAAAAAAAAAAAAAAAAUCAUUUCCUCAGGGAAAACUAAAGGGUAUGUGAAAAGUGGAUCUGGAGAAUUUUAAGACUAGAAAGGUUUUUUUAUUAUCUCCAGCAUCUUUUCUGGUCAGAAUAAUUUCUGUUUGUUUUUUAAUGAACAUACCAUUUCAUGACCAAUUUCCAUGAACUGGACAGUACUAACUUUUUGAGGUGUGGAGGAAUGCUCUAUGAAAUGGAGCAGUUUCUUUGUUUCUUAGACCUGCAUUCGAAGGGUGACGUCUGAACCACAACACAGUCCCUGGUGGGUUUUCACAGACUCAUAUAAGGCUGUUUCUGAAUGUAAUUAUGAAUAUGACGCCUUGGUGUUCCUUUUUAUAAUCGGCUGGUUGGAGAACUGAUUAUUAGCUGUACGCAAGAAUUCUGUAGGGGAGGGAUGUGAAAGUUGUGCAUUUUGCUUUAAUGACAGGUUAAGGAGCAAACUUCCAUGGACUUUUGUGGACAAGGUGCUGCCUUUUCUCAUGACCCUGUAGAAUUUCUAUUGACCACAUCAACUGUAGCUCUGACCUAUAUGAACGCAGGGGAGAAUUUGUGCAUACAAAUGAGUGGAAACAAGAGCAGGAUUCAUGAAUAUGUAUGAGGAUGCGGAUCAUUGUGGAGAAAGUGCUGGGCACAUGGGUCAACUGGAAUUUUCGUUUCUCUAAGAAAAUCACCCAACCAGCAGCACACACGCUCUCUCUGUUCCCCAUACCUGUGGGGCUUCCUCCAGAGCGGAACUGUUUCCUUCUUUCACAUUGUAACUAGUCAAACUGGAAAUUGGUAAAUGAAAUGAGCUUAUAAGCACUUUUAGGUACCAAUUGUAUCACUAAGUAAUGCACACCAGUAGAGCAAGAAAGUGUAAAAUGUAUUUAAGACCGACUGGUUUGCUUAUCAUGACUAACUGUAAAAACCCAGAUCCAAUGAUACAUGUGCUUUAAAAGGUGUAUCUAUCAUAGGACUAGAAAUCAAAAUGGGAAUUUUACUUCUGGUCCUGUUUUGUAAAUAGUUCCUUUUUUGUUUUUUAAUUGAAGACAAUCUCAUGUUUUAUAACUUUUCUUGUGAGUCUGAGAAUCACAGUAGUAAUGUGUUGUGUCAAAAUGUGAUCUUAAAUACAAUAAUAAUUAUAACUUAAUUUUCCAAAUAAGGCAAGAAAUACACUGCGUAGGCUUCUACAAUUCUGAAAGAUGUGACAUUUUUAUAAUAAGCAUUAGUACUUAACUUCUCAAGUUAACAGAACUGGAAAUAUUUUACAAGAUGCAGCGUUUUAUAAUCACAAAGAACAUGAACAUUUUGUGGGAAAUGACCUUGGUUUUAUACAUUGUAGCUUAUUUUUUAAAAUACAAUAUUUUACCAGACAGGAAGUGUUAAUAUUGUAAGCAAUUCCUGCUCUCCAAACAAAGGGCUAUGCCUCUUUUAAGCAAGCAUUUUGAUGGAUAUCUUUUCAAUCCACCCUCUGCAGCAAGAGUAGAAAUGCAGAUCAGAUGGAAAGAUUAUUACAAGAGAAUCAAGAUUGCAACAGCUACUCCCUUUAUCUUUACCAGUGUUUUUUCAAAGUAUUUGGGGAAAAGAAAACACUUUAAGAAUCAUAUAUCUGAAAUCUUUAAAAUAUUAAUAGAUAUGCUUAUAGGCAAUGAGAGAAAUAAACUUGUAAAUUCUGUCAUGUACUGUGAUAGAUUUCUGUCACAAGGACAAGCUUAGUGCUCAGCCUACCAGAACCACAAAGCUGCAUUUGACUAGCAAGUGUCAUUUGAUGGUAAUUUCUAAAAUCAUAGUGUAUAAGCCCAAAGAUACAAUUCUUAGCUGAUUGGUGAUGUUUAAAAUAAUUUUGUGCUCACCACUAACUAAACAACUUUCAUUUCCUUAUCAGAACAAGUGCUUGAUUUUUCACAUGAGAAGUUCACAGACAGGCAAGUUUGAGAUCAGAAAGUCACUAUAUUCCCAGGAGUCAGGGAACAAGGAAGGCUACCAUGGAGAGUUGAUUAACCACACAAAUAAUUCUGAGCUUUGCCAAAACCAUUUCAUAAUGCAUUAAUUUUUUUCUAGCCCACUCACUGUUAAGCAAGAAAACAUCUUUUCUUUCUAAGAUUUUAGUAAUUCAAAAGCUAGACUAAUUAGUCAAGUAUGCAGAUAACAUCAAAAGAAAAGCUAGGACAGAACAGUCUUACACCCAUUAGGCAACCCCUGUGAGGUGGUCAAAGGGUCACUCAGACUCUGCUUUCACAGGCUUCAGAAUCUGCACACAUGAGGACUAGAAAUGCAAAGGGUUACGGGAAGACAUGUACAGCUUCAUCUCUGAGAUGAGGCAGUCCAAUGUCUCUCUUCAUUCUCUUGGAAUAUCUCUAAUGUUGGCAUUACAGUUUCCCAAGAAGUGUUCAUUGCUGCAUGGUUUUUGAUCAAAUGAGUCUUGCUUCAUAUUUAAAUAGAAGCCUCCUAAUGGUACAUAGCAGAUGCGUUAGAAAGAACAGGCAAAUUGUGUAAAUGAAUGAUUCAGAUCAGGCAAAAGAAGGACACUAGAGAAUGACAGAGAUCACAGUGAACCAGAGGACAUGUGUCCCCAUUGAAGGGGGACCCCAGCUGUAGACAAUCAGAACCAUGCAGAAAUCAGGCCCAGGGCGCUAGACCUUCUGACUUGGAAAUAUGUUACCUGACACUUGAUCAAAAUUCAGAUUCUUGGCCAGCAGUGUGCAGACCAAAGAGAACCUGUAUAUGGACAGACAUAGCCUUUGGGCACUGGUUUCAACUGUUGGGAAAAAGCAGAUUUCACCUUCCAUAGCCAUCAAGUCAAGUUCUUCCAGCAGCUCCCCCAACUCACACAUUGGCACUAUCUGGGCAACUAAAAUUUAAAAAGGGAGAGAAGUCAGUUCUCCCCAAAAAUCACUCUCAUGGAAGAUUUGAGUAUUAAAAUACAACAUCCUUAAACUAGCCUUGCUUCUGAUCAAAAUAUACCGAAGUAUUAUUCAGCUCUCACUCUGCCUCCUGGCAUGCCCAGGCCGGGCCCCUAAACAUUGAAUGACUGUAAUCCUAACUUCCUUACUGUUUUCACUGCCGUGACCACUGUGAUGAGGGGCUGGCAAAGAGCAGCCUUGUGCCUUCAGCGAAGGCAGCCAGGAGCCCCUGCAGUUUCAGAUAGCACACGUUGCCUCCUUGUGCCAAAGCCCUUUGCCAACCCCUCCACAUCCCUUCCCACUCCAUCCUGCCUCGUGAGUUUUCAUCCCAGGAUAAAAGUUCCGUUGUUCCACCUCUGACACAGCAAAACCCUUGCUUCAUAACUGGUAGGUCCUUAGGUAUUUUAGAGUGUCCACUAACCUCAAAAUGGAGUUUUUCCAUGUAGAAAACCUUAACAUCUUUCCCUGAGGGCAAAGACAAAGUAGGAAUAAAUGUGUCAUGGAAAAAAUUAGAAGUUGCCUUCUUCAUUUGGAUAAACUAGAUAAUUUUAGAGUGUAUCUUACACCAGAGUCCUGAUGGUAUUGGGAUAAUCACUAACCCUUUCAGAUAUAUAAGAAAGUAUGUCUCUUUCAGAUACAUGACUUCCUUUGACCCUCCCUAGUACUCAGCAUAGAAUGAGAAUAUUUAAAAUUACUACCACCACUUCGAAAGCCAAACCUGGUGCAAGUUAUCUUGAACCUGAGUCAGCCUCAUUACUACGUCCAGGGAGGAGGGAAAGAGCAAGUUAAAGAGCUGGCUUAGACCUCAAUCUUCCAGAAUGACUCUAGACCUGAGAAGACCCCAGGGACCCAUGUUCUUUACCCAUCCUAACAAUCCAAGUAUUUCAGCAUAGAAGUAAAGAACCCUCUCAUUCACAGUGUCAAAUGCAGACUCACUCUGAAAUUUAUCCCUUUUGCCUACCUUCCAGGCCCCCAUCCCCUAAAUUCUAGCCAUUUAAGUGGUUAAUUAUAGGAGAUGACCAGCUAGUGCAAUGUUCUGAGUUAAACUUUUGACUCCUUUGAAAAAAGUUAUCUUGCUGCUAACAGUCAGCUUUUGCUAUCCAUGUAAAUUUGUAUUGAUGCCCCCAAAUUUGAAAAUAAGCUCAAAUUUACCGUUUGUAAGGAUUAAAUUGAAAAAUACUGUCAUCUCAAAGUUGGAAAUAGCUGGUAAUAUUGUUAUGUCACAUGGUAAAUAUGAAUGCAACUUAAACAACAUUGACAAUGCCUGAUGGUUCUGUCAUCAUAUGAUUGACAGGUUGACCAGUCCAUGAAUGGAUGGUCCUCUUCUCUCAUCAGCUCACAGGUUUCACAGGUUUUGAGUAAAGUCACUCACAAGUUUAGUCAUGGAGCUAGAUGGGCCUAAACCAUUUUGGCCCAUCACCUGCUUUUUGAUAAAUUAUCCUUUUAUUAUGUUUCUAAAGCAAUACAGUACUAGAAGAGGAAAUUGUGAGCUUUCCUAUUCUGGUGGAAAAGAAGCCCAUUUUGCAAUGGUUAUCCCCAAUGCCAAGACAGUGGCAGGACUUAAAAGGACCCGAGUUCUUGGGAACAAGAGAAAAGCUACCAUUCAAAAAAUAAAUAACUGUAGAUUUUGAAAGAAGGUGGAGAUUAUGACUUCAACACUUAGGCCAUAGUCCUUUUUUCUUCAAAAUAUUCUUUUCCUAUUGAGCACCAUCCACAUAACUAUUAACUGCCAGCUUUCAAAGGAAAGCUCCCCGCUAUUUAUAUUAUGAAAGUGUCAAAAAUUAAUUCUCAUGUCUGAUUAACUGUUAUAUUUACAUACUUACUAGGGGCAGUUCUCUAAAUUUUUAAUUCAGAAAAUUAGCCAGGGGAGCAAGCAGCAACUCCUGAAAAAGGCAAGAGCACUGUCAUUAAAGAACAAAAUUUUCUUAAAAAAAAAGUUUCUCAUCUAUUUCCUUCUGAAUUCUCUUUACAUCCCUGACUAAAGAGGAAAAACCAGCAGCAGGAGAAGACUUUAAGGGAGAGAAAGAACAGUCCCCAUUCUAGUCAAUAGUCCCUUUUUCCCUUUUGGCAACCGUCUUGAAUUCACUAGCAAAAUGUUCGUCUCCCCUCUGCCUUAAUCUGCCUGAGCCAGCGGCCAUGCUGUUUUUAAUGUAUGUUUGCUUCCCAAAGCCCUGGAUUAAACAUUUUCGCUUCUGUACUCUUGCUUUCUCACUCUUCAAUUAAGGUCCAAGGGGAUAAACACUACCAGGACUUGCAUGUUAGGCUGAGUCGAUGAGGCGCCUCACUUCCUUCAGUGAAACGUUUCCAUUUGUCUCCACAGUUUGGGAUGACCAUUCAGAGAGCAGGUUGAUCAGCAGACAACCUGCCAUAUUCAUCACAAAAGAUCCGGUCAGACUCACUGACAAAGAAUAGCAAGGCAGAUACCUAGUCCUUCCACUUUGAUUCAAAGCCCCCCUUGCAAGUCCUCUACCCCCAUGAGUCCCCCUCCGGAGCAAAGCCAAUGGAGUGAUCAGGACAGAGAAAGAGAGCUUCACGUUCGUUGGUCUGGGCCCUGACCUCCGCCCAGGAUCACAGAGCGUGAAAAUGGAACUGACCUUUAUUAUGUGAAAAGGAAGUGGCUCCUGAGGGGUAUACUUGUUUUAAGUUUAUGCAAAGAGAAGGCUCUUCCAGUCUGCUCGUGUUGUGAAGCACGUGUCUCUCACUCCAGUGGAGCUUCCUUCCCAUGUUUUGGGCACAGAUGACCAAGACAGGAAAGAGGCAGAGCUCGGGGGCCAGUGGAAUUACCCCUCAGGGAUCUACGGUAUAGCAAUCACAAACUACCCCCACCUGAGGGAAAUUAAAAAAAGAUGCGUCACUGUGGGCCCCCCUCCCCCGGUGGUCCAGCGGUUAAGACUCCGUGCUUCCAAUGCAGGGGACACGGGUACCAUCCCUUAGUUGGGGAACUAAGAUCCCACAUGCUGUGCAGUGCAGCCAAAAAGAGAGAGGGAGAGAAAGAUGCAUCACUGCAGACUGUAAACUGUUGCUUUGCUCUUUACGCCUUUUCCCUUACACUCUGCUAAUUGGAAAGCAAUGACUGUGAUUUGACCAAGCCCUGUGAUGAUAGCAAAGCUUCUUCUUCCAAAGUGUCCCAGCUGUUUAGGGAACCUCUGUGAUCACUGGUAGAAAGCUUUAGAAUAGAUUUAGAUGUUUAGGGAAGAACUCAAUACCCCCCAAAUAUACUUGUUCCAUGACUUCAAUAACUGAAAAUAUCCUGGGUGUAAAAUAACCCAGGCAGGCAGAUCAUAUAUGUUUUUAAAAAAAUGCCAUUAAUCAAUAUUUUCCUACAACACGACCUUAAAUUCCUAUUUUUAUAAUUAAUGGUUGGACGAUAGUCAGCCAUUGAAACAUAAGCUCUCUGGAAUAACCAGACAUUAGUGUAGUUUCCAAAGUGUUUCAUGUAUCAAAAUCUAUAUACUUAGAGGAAGAACUCAGGAUAAGAAAAAAUCGCUAGGUCCCAAAGGGUUCGUGACUAUCAUCAAAUACAACUGCCGAGUGGCCUGUGGUCAUCUUUUUUGAAUGAGGGAGCCGGGGAGUGAGAGAACCACAGUCAUCACAAAACCUCUGUUGCCCUUCAUCCAUGAUAAGAUUUUAAAACAUUCUACUUUUAAGAAUUAAGCCAUCUUUCAAGUUGUUUUCUACACCAAAUCUAACCUAUUCAAAUAAAAUGACAAAAUAGCUAAAAAUGGGGUUUUUAGUGGAAAUGCUGUCAGUAGAAAGCAUUGCUUUUUAGUGCCUGCUAACAAAAAAAAAAGAAGACUCAGUCCUUCCUGUGAGAUGCAAGUGUUAACAUGACAGUGUUAACUUGGAAUCAGGCACUAGUUCAAAAACAAUGAGGCAGUGCUCUCCAAUUUUUAGAAAUCUUUCAAAAUACAGUCUUACCACUACUUAGAGGUAAGUACUUGUGUAUAAAAGUCUUUAAUAUUAGUGAAUGAAUGUAAAAGUGACAAGCUAUGCAUUUUCAAAGGGUGAUGUUAUUUUGUAUCCAAUUCAAUUUUUUUUUUCAUAGAGACUUACCACAACUACAAAUUAUUCAAAACAGACUUGAAUGCAUAUCAUUAUGGAGAUAUAGGACUUCCAGCUAUACACUUCUAGCUGAUACUUUUAAAGACAGUGCAUUGAAGCUUCAGGCUCUAAACAAAUCUCAGCCACAAAGGUGAUUAAAGGAGAAAUGGUUUAUAUUUUACUUCUUCAGCAGAAAUGGGAAAUGUGGGUGUUACAAAAUGGGCCCAGUUUUUUUUAGAGGUAAGUGUUCUAGUAACUGGAUUAGCAAGCAAACAAAACUGCAUGAAGUUAAUGAAUAUUGCCUUGGAUAAAUAUAGCAUAGGCUGUGUCUAUUGUGUGUAAUUCGCAAUCUAAGGGGGGAAAAACACUUCUCCAAAGGGUUUGGAUUAUAUAGUUUUAAAGAAUAUAAAAACAGAAUAUAGAAAUAUAAACAGAAUAUAAAAAUAUUGUCCUGCGAAGAAAAAUCAUUGGCUUUUUUUUUUUCAAAAUUAAACUGAGAUCAUCACCUAUAUUUUUUUGGAAAGUCCAUAUAAAAUAAACACACAUGUCUUCAGCAUUCUUGGGGAUUUUGUAUUCCCAUGAAACCUUUUCCCCUAAUAAUUUAUUCUUGCUCCUUAAUCAGUACUUUCCUAUGUUACUCGGCAUGAAAAAUAAAAUUCUUUCCUUCAUCUGACAAUGUUGACAUAAAGAACUCCAUUUCUCUGCCACUUAGGAUCUCUUCUGUGUCCAUUGAGAAAGUUUCUCAGCUGUUUGUUUGUAAAAUAUGGAAAAAUAUACUUCUAAACCUGGUACUUGUGGUUAUACUGGAUAUGUUUGCUACCUAUUUAGAAGUUAUUGGGGGCUGGGAUGUGUCUUUUUAUAUGAUUUUUAGCCAAAUCCAGAUGUUCUGAUACUACAUUUCUGAAUACCUAUCUGACUGUAAAUACAGCCUGAGGAGGUUCAGGUUAAUAAACCUUUUACGUGACUGUUCCUCAGCCAUGCUCCUUGCCAGCUUUGGGCACCUUGUACAUAGAUUUGUUGAAUGUUUAAAUGAUGCUGUUUUUCUAAAUGCUGUUAUCUAAAACAACUUUUUGAAUGUUUUUUGCUUUCCAUUGUUUGGGACUUUGUGUGUUGGUUUAAAAAAAAAAAUGUUUCCUAAAUAUUUAACACCAGGAAAACAAUUUCAAAUAAACUGGUGCUAAUUGAAAUAGAAGGCAGAUUUUCAGAUGGAAGAUUUACAGUAUCAAAUGUUGACACCAGUUAAAUGAAACUGUACUUUCCCAAGGGGACAGCUGGCAUCUACCUGUCAUGGGCAUCAGAAGGACCCCUGAUCGUUUACAGUUUCUGUGGCCCAUUUAAGUGUAAAAUCAAGAAAUGGUGCUGUCCCCCCAGAGUUGAGGAUUUGCUACAUGGGUCCUAAGGAAGCAUUUAAGUAGAAGUAAGGGUCUAUAGUAAGAAUCAUUUUAGUAAUAGUCUUCUGGUCUUUGGACUUUCAUGUUCUGUAAUGCUUAGCUGUAACAAUGAAUAUGGUGUUGCCAAUCUAGUCUGACGUCAUCGUCACCCUGUAUUUCCUGUGUGUAUGGUUCUACCUUGGGUUGCACUGGCACGUGCCGAGCCAGAACACUGGACUUUCAGGAAGACCAUUCUGACUUCUACGGUGUCCACACACAUGCAUUUAAAUGCACUUGUAACUGGUUAAUUACCAUGAAGUCUAACUUCCACUUAAUAAAAGUUUUUGUGUAUCUGCUUCUA